UUCUGCUGGAGAGCACAUGGUAUAAAAGAGAUGUGUUAGGCAACUUAAGCCAUCAGUUCAGGUUGGAUCUUCAGCUCAGGAACACUUGUGCCAAAUUUAAGAAUGGCAUUCCAAUUUGUUAGCUUUUUUGCCAUUCUGGCAGUAGCAGCCGCCGGAGUUAUUCCGAUCGAGCAAACGUAUCAGCCGGCAGCUUAUGCUACCCAUCUGUCUCAGCCAACACUUAUCAAAACGGUGGCUCAACCAGCUACGAUCGUUAAAACCAUAGCUCAGCCCACUUAUGUCAAAGCCCUUGCGCAGCCAACGAUUGUCAAGCAUAUUGAUGAAGAUCACGAUGCCCAGUACGACUUCUCCUACGGCGUACAUGAUGAUCACACCGGAGAUAUUAAGCAGCAACACGAGACGCGCCAUGGAGACCAAGUGCAUGGUCAAUACAGCUUGAUCGACUCCGAUGGCCACAAGCGCACAGUCGAGUAUACCGCCGAUGAUCACAAUGGUUUCAACGCCGUUGUUCACCGCGAGCCGACAGACAUCAAGAUUCCCCAGCCAGCAGUCCACAAGAUCAUCGCCCAGCCAGCGAUCACUAAAGUAAUUGCCCAACCAACCAAAAUCGUUGCCGCGCAGCCGGCUCCUGCUGUGAUCAAAACAGUUGGUCUGUCGCAUUACUGAAAAGGAAAUGGAUUAAACGUCAACGCUGAAUAAGACUUCCAUCGAUUGAGUGCACUUUAGUUUUCCCAUUCUAUUUUCCACCCUCUGUCGUAUUCUUUUUUUAAAAAACCUAGGAUUAACAGUACAAAUACACUCAUACAUUUUUAAGAAACACCAACUUAUUUUCAGAUAUGUAUUCAUACCAUACGCUAAGCAGCGAAAUGUUUAGUACUUACCGAAAGAAACAUGAGCAUAUGGUUGUAAAAGUGGUAUAUUACCUGCAACCUUGAACCCAUUUGACAAUAUCUGAC